GUCAACGAUAGGCUAGAAAGAAAACUGACGUGAAACGUCAAAUGACUGGAUGAAAAAGUAAAAAUAGCAAGUUGUUGAAUAAUUUUCUAUUAGCAUAUAAGCCUUGCACUUAGAUUUUAAAAUUCAUUGUGUAUUGUCUGGUCUGAACUGUGAGGUGUUUUUAUUGUAGUAAUAAGCAAUGGAGGAUGACGAGGCUGUAAAUAAAUUGGUUUCAAAACUAGGUUUCAAACCUCAAAAAGGGGUACCUUACAAUAGAUUACUGCCUUUUGGCGAUAAAAUUUAUGAAGAAGCUUUGGAGGAAUUAGAACUUAUAAAAACUAACCUUAUCAAGAGUAUUUUGGUUCGAGAACUUGAGCCUGGUUUGUUGUUAUGGUCUCUACGUUUGGUUCAGUAUAUCAAAUUGUAUGGUUAUCUUUUUUCAAAGGAGGAUCACAUAAAAUUGAUAAAAUUAUAUCUUGAAGUACUUACGAUUGAAAAGCAAGAUCCAUUUUGCAUUUCCAGAUGGUGUCAUAUACUAAAUGUACUAAUGAAAAAAAAAUAUCUCAUAUCCAGAGAUGACUUACAAAUUGAUUGGAAACCACUUUAUGAACUCUUUACCAGAAUUCAAAAUGAUGUGAAAAAUGGCAUGUUCAAAUAUCCUUCUACCAUGGAAAAUGAUAUAUUAUCCAUCAUCAGUACUUGCAGAACGUAUUUUCCAGCAUCUGCAACCCAAGAUAUUCUCAAUAAGUACAAACCACAAAUGUGUCCAUUAGAUGACUCCGAAAUGCUGUUGUGCAUUUGUGCCUUAGAUGCUCUUUUACCUACAUGUGUAAAAGCCGAAGAAGCUGCAGUCAGUUAUGAAUUAUGGUUUUCAGAAUUUAUGUCCUUAUGGAAUUCAUGUAGAAAUGAUUGCUCUUGGGAAAAUUCGAUGAUGUCUCUUAUGUCCAGGCUGGGUGCUAAUAAUAUUGGUUACGUCAAUUUUGAACCAUACUUUCCCUUAAUGUAUGCAAGAUUCGUACGUUCAUUCAAUUUACCAGUCCAUUUCAAAUUGAGAUCAUCCAGCAAGCAGUAUAAUCUUGGAAUUAAUUCCAUUGCUACUUGGAUAAUAAGUACUCUUAAUCACAAAACAGGCACUUCUUUUGAGUACUUAGAAAAGUUUAUGCACAUGAUAAGAUCUUUUUUAUAUAGUGCAAAUUCAGGAAGGUGGACUACAAAAUUGAAGGAAUUUCUAAGCAAACUUUCAAUACAAUUUGCUCAAAGAAUUUAUAUAGAACGUUACCGUCCAAAAUGUUGGGGAAAAGAAGUUCCGGAGGAUUUUAAAUUGAGUGAUGAUGAUAUUGACAGAUUUGUAAAUAUAUUGAAGCCGUGCUUAGACAUAUCGUUGUAUUCAAGACGUGUUUCCAAUGAAGUGAAUUUCGCCCUAUUACAUCUGUCUGCUUUGAGACCAAAUAUUAUAAUACCGAUGAUCUUAGAGAAAUUAUAUGCUGCUUUAGAUAGUUUGACAGAGCCCCAUCGGCUUAUAUCUACUAUGAGUGCUGUUAUAUCUGUUUCGAGGUGUUUAGUCGAAGGAGCUAAGAAUAACUAUCCUGAAGGUCCAACACAUAUUAUUCCAUUAUUGAUAGCGGUUUUGCCCGGAAUAGAUCCCAAUGAUUUCAAUAAAUGUGUGGUAACAUUUCAAUUUAUCUGUCAAUUUAUUUCAAUGAUCCCAGUAAUUGACUCAUCCGACGCUGCAAACCACUAUGAUGAUAUGACCGAAGAAGAACAUAUUAUUUGUGAAGCAACUGCAGGUUUUGAGGACUUCAUUGUGCAGUUCAUUGAUAGAAUUUGUGUUUGGAUUGAAUCUUGCUCCUUAGAUUUUAUUAGGCCUGAACAACAAACUGGUGAACAAAAUUCAAAAGGUUUCUUAGAAGUAAUGGCUGAAAAGGCUAUGCAAUCCACUAUUUGCACUGUUCUUGGUCAAUGUUCUCCAAAAAUUUUCACGGCAGCCCUGAAAAAAGUUUUCAAUUUCAUUUCAAAUAACGUUUUAGAAGUUGAUGUUAGUGGAAAAUUAGCAGCACUUUUAUGUGGUUGUUUUACCAAGGUUCACCGCAAAGAAUCUCUGAAAAUGUUUGUUCCCUAUUUAUGCAAUAAAAUUGAAAUAUUUCUGAAUGAAAAUGUAAAUGCCCAAAAGGAAGAACAAUUAGAUGGUGAAAUAUUAUUCAAUUUAGUGAUUCUAUCAGAGGUAGUUGAUGGAGAAAAUGAUAUUCUACCAUAUUUAGAUGACCUUAUGAAAAUUCUCAAUAGAACACUGCAUAUGACUUCUGUACGGGCAUCCAAAAUAAGUGUAAACAUGCUUACAUACUUAUUAACCACACUCGCUACUAUUACUCCUUUGGAAAGAAAAAGUUCAAAUCAGAGCUACUCAUUACAUGUGAAAGAAUUUUUUUCUGUACGAGAAUGGGCACAUCCUUACACCUUGAAUGACCUGAAAGUUGAUUGGUAUAUUCCAGGAAAAGAUGAAGUAGAGAAGAUUCAACUUAUCUUCAACACCUACCUGAUACCAGAAUUAGAUAAAAUGGAAAAUUAUUCUUCUGGAAAAAUUGUCUUGUCUCGUACAGAGCUUCGAAACUCAUUGAAAAUUAUAAAGGCUAUGAUGGCUGCUCAUACAUUACUUCCAAUGUGGGAUGAACCCCCAAUGGACUUAAGAAAAACUUAUGCAGAAAUAACAGAUUUCAAGAGUGUAGAAACAAAAUCUAUUCCAAUAAUCACAAUGCCAGAUGGUUCAAAUGUGAGAAAGUCUAUUGUUGAUGCUUUGCAUAAUGUACAGAGAAAACUCUUUGAAAUUGAUGAAGGUGAUACCAAAAGCUUCAAUUUAAUUGCUAAUAUAUAUGUAGUUUUACUUCUUAAUGAACAGCAAUUCUCAGAUACGGAAAAAACUUGGAAGCAUUUUUCAUUCAAGAAAAAAUUGAGCCAGAGUCCAGUGAUUUACAGAAAACGACACACAAGAACUAUUUUGAUAGACAGAUUAAAUCUGCAGCAACUACUUAGGUCUGUCACAAGUAGGUCCACACAAUUUACUUCUACUCACCAACAAGUAAUGUUGGAUUUAUUUGAACAAGGAGUUUCAGCUUACAGAGAUGUAAGAUUACGUGGACAAUCAAAACUCUUCGUCAUUCUGGCUUUCUUUCCUUAUUGCUAUACUUUACUUACUGAGAAAUUGCGAACAAUAUUGCAAAUGAAUACCCAGGAUAAUCAUGCAAAAUAUAAAGGUUGUCUUUAUAUACUUAAUGGUGGUAAAAGUUUUUCAUUGAUGGUUAGAAGAGAUUGGAAAUUUAUCAGUCAAAUAUGGCCUUUACUUGUUACUUCGAUGCCCUCAGAAAAAUUGUCAAUCAUAAACUUGAUUACUCAAAUAUCGGAGACUGUAUCUUCCUCAUUGCAAACACCAAACAUUGAUUCACAAUUCCCAGACAAAACUGUACACAAAGUUCUAGAGAUAUAUGGAAACUCGAAUUAUUCCGAAAAUACAGCACAUGACUUCUCUAAAUAUUUACAGGAGAUACAAGAUGAGAAGAGAUCUGAUUACAAAAAUUGCAUGAAUUUACUUUUGAAUUCAUGCCUUAAUAAUGACUUGCAUUGGAGAUAUCAUCUUCUCGCCAUUGGAUUCUUAAGAGAUAUCGUACAUGUGGAUGUCAAAUAUAAUAAAUCCGUUGUGAAAUAUUUUGUUGAAGCUCUUAUUAACGAUUCAAUUCUGGUUAGAAAGAUUGCCGUUAAGGUGGUUGUUUAUAUCCUGUUCCAAAACAAAUUGAAAUUCAAAAAAACAGAAAUAGAUCCAUUCACAUUUUCGGGUUCAACGAAAAACGGUCCCCUUCUUCCAGGUCACAGGAAAGAUAAUGAGUGGCUCUUGUACAACACCAACAACCUACCUCAGAGUUCAAAGGACUGGAAUGAACCCAAAUACUUACAUAACCAAUCUAUAGGAUAUUAUAUGUGGCCUGAAAAACUGGAACUUUAUUGUUCACCCGAAGAACAACCGAACCUUAUCGAUUGUCCUGAGAUGAUGAAUGAGGAACAAAAAGAACUGUUUAAUUUUUUCUGCAACGACGAUAAUAUGACGAAGCUUUUGUAUUAUUUUGCACUUGAGGACAAAAAGGGAGCCGAUCACUUCAAUGCCAAUAGGUCAUAUAUAUUCAAGUACAUAUCUAAACUCUUCCAAGACAAAAUACUUGACAUUGUUUUUCCACAUUUGGAGAAACUAGCAUCAGAAAAACAGGAAUCUCAUCAAAGAUGUGCAGCUGAAAUCCUAAGUGGUGUCAUCAGAGGAUCCAAACACUGGUCAUUCGAGAAAACGGAAAAACUUUGGCAUAGUGCCAUUCCAAUCCUACAAGGUGCAAUCCAAAAUAUUUUAACGGAAACUUUGCAAGACUGGUCAAUGUGUUUGUGUUUAUCAUUGAGGUCAAGAGAUUCUCGUAGAUAUCACUGGUUAAUGGAAUAUUUAUUGGACGAUCCUUUAUCGGAUCCUACAUCUUUGAUUGCAAGUUCAAAAUUGCAUUUGUUCAUUAACACACUCUUUAUGCAACCUUGGAGGAACUGUGAUCUGUAUAAUCGUUUAAUGGAUUAUUUAAGAAAACAUAUGACUCAUCCAUUCCAGUUGAUCAGAAUUAAGAUUAGUACGGCCCUCAAGAUAAUAUUCCUUUCGGAUUAUGAGCCCCCAGGAGGUAUACAGAAUAGAACACCGAAAAUGAGCAAACUUUUUGACGAAUAUAUGCCUACGAUGAAUUGGCUGUAUUAUGACACUUUAAAAAAAAUUGACAAUAAUCAAAACUGUGAUGUAUCCUUACCAAUAAUAAAAGAUAUAAAUAGAGAAGAUGCAUUGAAAGUGUUCAAAGUAGUUUGUAAAUUCAUAUCCUCCUUUUUGAUGUGUCGUUUGAAUCUAUCUGUACCCAUGGACUUCUACCGAAUACUGCCAGUAACUUGUGUUCUUCAAAGCAAUGAUGUGGAUGAUGAAAUUCAACCAAUGUGUUUGAACGUGUUGGCUCUCUUAGCUCAAAAUUUGAUAUCAGUUAGCGAUGUUCCCGAAAUUAUUGAAAUAAUCGAGUUCGGAAUAUUGUGUCCACUGUGGACUGCGAGGGCCAUACUAGCAGAAUUUUUAUCUUCGUUUGUUUUUCACAACAUGCCAGUCAUCUCAUCGAGAAAGGAAUGGAUUGCCAAGAUACAAGAAUUUGUUAUGAAAUUACUGGAAGAUUCUCAACCUGAAGUUAGACAGAAUGCUUGCAAGUUUCUAAGUGGACUUCUCCACUGUAACUUUUUACCUUCUCAGACACAAUUAUUGGAUGACUUCAAACUGAAAGCAAAGACAAAACUGAAGAAAUCCAAAAUAAAGAAUUCAGUUGCAUCUGUCCAUACUGGUAAUUUGAUCAAGCGUCAUGCUGGUAUUUUGGGACUUUGUGCAUUUAUCAGCGCCACUCCUUAUGACAUACCUGAAUAUCUUCCGGACAUAUUUGGAUUAUUAGGACCACAUCUGAACGAUCCUCCGCCUAUUCCAGAUACAAUCAAAAAGACAAUUUGUGAUUUCAAAAGAACGCAUCAGGAUAACUGGGAAAUACAUAAAACACAAUUCACAGAGGAUCAGUUAAUUAUAUUCCAGGAUCUCACAGUGCCUCCCAGCUAUUAUGUGUAGAUCAACUGAAGUUUCCACUAACUAGUCUUAUUAUAUUUAUGGGUUUUGAGAAGUUUAUAGCUGUACUUGAGUUACAAUCGAUGAAUUGUUGGAAAAUUAAGGCAAAAAUCAAGGAAAAUAUAUCGAUAAUUAUUAAUAUCUAUUUAUGGAAGUUGAAAAUUCAACCAUUACAUCAAUGAUUUUUGCUUGGAAUUUCAAAGGGAUCUAUAUUGAAUCUCAGACAUUUCUGGAAUCUCAUUGACCAAACACAAUUUAUGUUCUUCAGUGUGUUGGUUGGUUAGUAUAGUAUUUUUAUUCCAUCUACUUAAUCUUUAUAGGAUGAGGAUGUAAAAUUAUGUGAUAGAAUCUAAUUCAAUUUAAAAUAUCGCUAUUUCAGGUGGUUGUUAAAUUUAUAUUUUAUUUUGUUUUGUUGCGUGAAUCUUGACUGUACGAUACUGAUAUUUUUCGAAAAAGUUUUAACAUCAAUUUGUAUUAUUAUGUUAUUUACAGAAUAAAUAUUCAUCCGAAACUUUUAAA